CAUACACAUGCCGUUGUUGUUAGAAAGUCAGACAUUUCCUAGUUCCAACAAGUAUGUGGGCGCUGCAUAGAACCUGGGAAAUUCCCAAGGAAAAACGAUACUUAUUUCCGCAUUCAGAUUUCACUGCUUUCCAGACUGUUGCGUUUGCGAUUUGUGUAGCCUAUUGUCUACAUUUUAACAGAGAAGUCUGUGCUCUGUGAUUUAUUUUCCCUCCUCAAAGAUGGCCCAGUGGUGCCAGAUGAAACUAGUGGACCCUAAAUACCAGGAGCAGGUCCACCAGCUCUAUGAUGACUCCUUCCCCAUGGACAUCAGACAGUACCUCAGCAAGUGGAUUGAGAGCAUUGACUGGGAUAAUGUGGCUGUUGAUGAAUCCCUGGCCACUGUCCGCUUCCAAGAUCUCCUAGCCCAGCUUGAUGACCAACACAGCCGCUUCGCCCUGGAGAAAGACCUCCUGCGACAACACAACAUCCGCAAGCUCAAGGGAAACCUCCAGGACCACUUUCAGGAGGAACCUGUUUACAUGGCCAUGAUCAUCUCUAGAAACCUGAAGGAGGAGCAGAGGAUUCUGGCUGCUGCCAAAAGCAUAGAGACCGACAGAGAAGACACACAGACCAGCAUGGUUCUGGAGAAGCAAAAGCUGGACAACAAAGUCAAAGACAUGAAAAACAAGGUUCAGGAAGCGUAUCAGAAUAUAAAGUCUCUGGAAUACCUUCAAGACGAGCAUGACUUUAAGGAAAAUAAUCUUAAGAACAGAGAACAUGAAAUGAACGGGCUGACACCCAAACAGCUGGAAUACGAGAAGCUGAUGAUUGUAGAGAUGUGUUUCAAGCUGAAGUUCAAGAGAGUGGAAGUGGUUGGCCAGUUGGCGGAGGUGCUCAACAUGGCCGAGGCGGUCCAGUCAGACCUGAUCUCAGAGGAGCUGCCUGAGUGGAAGAAGAGGCAGCAGCGCUCCUGUAUUGGAGGACCACCCAACACAUGUCUGGACCAACUGCAGAACUGGUUCACAGCGGUGGCAGAAAGCCUGCAGCAGGUGAGGCAGCAGCUGAAGGAGCUCCAGGAACUAGAGCAGAAGUACACAUACGACAACGACCCAAUCAAACAGCAGAAAGGCUUCCUGGAGGGGCGGGCCUUGGCACUGUUCCGGAACCUCCUUGAACAUUCCUUGGUGGUAGAGAGACAGCCCUGUAUGCCCACACAUCUACAGAGACCUCUGGUGCUACAGACAAAGAUGCAGUUCACUGUCAAGCUCAGAUUUCUUGUGACGCUCCAGGAAUUCAACUAUCAGCUCAAAGUGAAAGCUUUGUUUGACAAGGACGUUACAGAAAAGAAUGGGUUUCGUAAGUUCAACAUAUUGGGUACCGACACAAAAGUUAUUAAUAUGGAGGAGUCAAAUGGAAGCUUGGCUGCAGAGUUUUCACAUUUGAAACUGCUAGAGCAGAGAGUGACUGGAAAAGGAAAGAAAGAGGGGCCUCUCAUUGUGACAGAGGAGCUGCACUGCAUCUGCUUUGAGUCGGAACUCCGCCAGUCAGGUCUGGAAAUCAAACUAGGGACCAUCUCCCUGCCCAUCGUGGUCAUCUCCAACAGCAGCCAGAUGCCCAGUGGCUGGGCCUCCAUCCUGUGGUACAACAUGCUGACCAGCGAGCCCCAGAACCUGGAGUUCUUCCUGAGCCCUCCGACAGUGUCCUGGGGUCAGCUAUCUGAGGUGCUGAGCUGGCAGUUCUCCUCUGUCACCAAGAGGGGACUCAAUGAUGAGCAGCUAGGCAUUCUGGCCGACAAACUACUGGGCCAGAAAGCACAGAGGAAUCCUGAGGGCCUUAUCCCCUGGACCAUGUUUGGUGCUGUCAAGAGCCUCAGUGAGAAGAGGUUUCCCUUCUGGCUGUGGAUCGAAGCCAUCCUGGACCUCAUCAAGAGACAUCUGCUGACCCUGUGGAAUGAUGGUUGCAUCCUGGGCUUCGUGAGUAAGGAGAGGGCAAAGGCCAUGCUGACUGGGAAGUGUCCAGGCACGUUCCUGCUGCGCUUCAGUGAGAGUAGCAGAGACGGAGCCAUCACAUUCACUUGGGUGGAACACGACCUAAACGAUGAGCCUGUAUUCCAUGCAGUGGCGCCCUACACCAAGAGUGAGCUGUCUGCCGUCUCUCUGCCUGACAUCAUCCGAACCUACAAGGUGAUGGCAGCUGAGAACAUCCCAGAGAACCCACUCUGCUUCCUCUACCCAGACAUCCCCAAAGACGAGUCCUUCGGAAAGUACUACACCAGGGCCUCCGAGGAGAGUACCUCAGCAAGUGGAUUGAGAGCAUCGACUGGUAAGCAAGCAGGGAUGACGACUGCAGGGAGGCUGCUGUUAAAUGGAUAUACAAAGAUCUAUUCUAUUUGACCGGUAUUCUAUUGUACUCUACCCUUUUCAAUUAUAUCUGUAUUUUAUUGUAUUUCAUCUCGUUCAUCCAAUCUUAAUUGCCCUGUGAAUCCAUAUCUAUGUAGAGAUAAUGUUGCUGUUCGGAUAUUGAUAUACAGUAUGUCAAUGAUCCAAUCCAUAGG